AUGGCUGGUUGUCGCCUUUUUUCUGUGUAUUUCUGCAUAUUGAUUAGCUUAACAGAGGGUUCCAAGCCCACUUGUGAUUGUGAUACUGUGUAUCGCCCUCCAACUGGUGACACCUAUAAGAUCGAUGGACAUUCUAAGAGCAUCAUCGAAAUGAUUCACGGGCCAGAAAUCUCGGGGACUUCGUAUGAUUCGGCUGACUGCUUGUCCGAUAUGAGAAUCGUCAACUACCUACUGCGGCCGGCUGCUUACAACAAGCACAAUCUGCCUUACAAACGAGGCGUGACGGUGAAGGUGGAAUUCUGGAUCCAAGAGAUCACAGCGAUCUCAGAGAUCACGAACGAUUUCGAGAUGGAGAUGUACAUCAAUGAAAUGUGGACUGAUCCAAAACUCAAAUUUGAUCAUCUGAAUGCCUGCAAGGCAAACAUUUCUUUGGACCAUGCUACUCUGAUUAGGGUUUGGACUCCAAAUACUUGCUUUGUGAAUUCGAAAACUGCUGAAAUCCACGAUUCGCCAUUUUCCAACGUGUUCAUGACGCUGUUCGAAAACGGAACGGUUUGGGUGAAUUAUGUAGGUUCAACGGACAAACAGUUCUUCAAGAAUUCUAUACUCUAG